AUGCAAAUCAUACUCAAAGCCUCCGAGACGGCCUUGGCCGCCAUAGGCAACACCCCACUCAUCCGUCUACGCCGCGUCGUACCCGCCAAUCACGCCUCCAUCUACCUCAAACUCGAAUACACCAACCCAACCGGCUCACACAAGGACCGCAUGGCCGCCGCCAUCAUCUCCGGCGCCGAGUGCAGGGGGGCUCUCAAACCGGGCAUGAAAGUGGUGGAGGCAACGGGAGGCAGCACGGGCUCCUCCCUGGCGUUCGUCUGCGCCGUCAAGGGAUACGAGUUCCAGGUCGCCAGCUCCAACGCCUUUGCCCUCGAGAAACUGCGCACCAUGGCGGCGUUCGGCACAAAGGUCGACAUCAUCCACAGCCCGACGGGCAAGAUCACCGCGGAUCUGAUCCCGUCCAUGGUGAAGCGAGCAAAAGAGGUUGCGGAGGAGGAGAAGGGCGUGUAUGCUGCGGACCAGUUCAGGAACCGUGAUGCGUUGGUUGGAUACCAAGCCCUCGGCGAGGAGCUGCUCCAGCAAGUGCCGGAAGGUAUCGAUGCUUUUUGUGCGGCGGUCGGCACGGCGGGGCUGGCCAUGGGUGUUGCUGGGGUGCUGAAAGCCGCGAGACCUGACACCAGGGUUGCCGUGCUGGAACCGGCUACUACGCCCGUCAUUACGGAAGGUCGGGCUGGCGCUCAUGGGGUUGAGGGCAUCGGUAUCGGGUUCCUUCCCCCUCUUCUUGACCGGGAGUUGUAUGACGAGGCGAGGGCGAUUUCUGAGGAUGAGGCGCGCGCCAUGUGCCGACGGCUAGCUAAGGAGGAGGGUAUAUUUUCCGGGGUGUCUACGGGCCUGAAUGUUGUCGCGGCGAUGCAGUUGGCCAAGGAGCUGGGGCCGGGGAAGAGAGUUGUGACGAUUGCAUGCGAUACUGGGCUGAAGUAUCUGAAUGGUGACUUGUUUGCUGCUCCAAAAUAA